AAGAAGUCAGCUUUCUGGGUUUUCAGUUUUCACUUCCUUUUUUGCUCUCUGUUAAACACACACAAAUGGAAGAAAUAAGAGCGAGUGACAAAGGAGGAAUCAAAGAACAACAACAAGUGGGCGCAGGUGAUUGGAGAGGCAGGCCUUCAAAUCCAAACAAGCAUGGCGGCAUGACUGCUGCUGCAUUUGUUCUAGGGCUGCAAGCAUUUGAGAUAAUGGGAAUAGCAGCAGUAGGGAACAACCUUAUAACAUAUUUGAUAAAUGAGAUGCACUUCUCCCUGUCAAAAUCAGCCAACAUUGUCACCAACUUUGUCGGAACAAUCUUCCUUUUGUCCCUCCUCGGCGGCUAUCUCUCCGACUCUCAUCUCGGCUGCUUCUGGACCAUCCUCCUCUUUGGCUUCGUCGAGCUCUCCGGUUUCAUAUUACUGUCGGUCCAAGCUCAUCUUCCCCAACUCAAGCCAACAAAGUGCAACAUGUUAACCGAUGGAGACGACUGCGUUGAAGCAAAAGGCUUCAAGGCCUUGAUAUUCUUCGUGGCACUUUACCUGGUGGCACUAGGAAGUGGAUGCGUUAAACCCAACAUGAUUGCUCAUGGAGCUGAUCAGUUCGAUGCUCAAAAUAACCCCACACACUCCAAGAAGCUGUCCACCUACUUCAAUGCCGCCUAUUUCGCCUUCUCCAUGGGCGAACUCGUCGCCUUAACCGUCCUCGUAUGGGUCCAAACUCACGCUGGUAUGGAUGUUGGAUUUGGAGUCUCGGCUGCCGCCAUGGCGAUGGGACUAAUCGUCGUGGUCUCCGGGACAUUGUAUUAUAGAAACAAGCCACCUAGAGGAAGCAUCUUCACCCCCAUUGCUCAGGUGUUUGUGGCGGCCGUGUCGAAGAGGAAACUGAUUUGUACUUCGGCUUCUCGAUUGCAUUCGGAAUCCGAAAAUGUGUUUCGGACACAAAGGUUCGGGUUCUUGGACAAGGCGUGCAUCAAAGUUGAAGAUGGAAGCAAUGCAAAGGAGAAUCCAUGGAGAUUGUGCAGUGUUGCACAAGUGGAGCAAGUGAAGAUAUUGAUUUCCAUCAUUCCGAUAUUUGCCAGCACCAUUGUUUUCAAUACCAUUUUGGCUCAAUUGCAAACGUUCUCGGUGCAACAAGGAAGUGCAAUGGGCACUCAGCUGACCAAAUCUUUCCACAUCCCGCCGGCUUCCCUUCAGUCCAUCCCUUACAUCAUACUCAUCUUCCUAGUCCCGUUGUAUGACAAAUUCUUCGUACCGUUUGCGAGAAAGAUCACCGGUCACGAAUCCGGGAUUUCACCUCUACAUCGAAUAGGGUCCGGUCUUUUCCUUGCAACCUUUUCCAUGAUCGCUGCUGCGCUUAUGGAGAAGAAGAGGAGGGACUCUGCGACGGGUUCGGGCGAAAUAAUUUCCAUCUUUUGGAUCACACCACAAUUUUUGAUCUUCGGACUAUCGGAGAUGCUUACGGCGGUCGGCCUCAUCGAGUUCUUCUACAAACAAUCCUUGCAAGGGAUGCAAUCGUUCCUCCUGGCGAUGACCUAUUGUUCAUACUCAUUCGGGUUUUACUUGAGCUCGGUACUCGUCUCCCUUGUGAAUAACAUCACAUCGACUUCCACGAAAGGCGGUUGGCUUAGCGACAACAAUCUCAACAACGAUAGGCUAGACCUCUUCUACUGGUUGCUAGCAGUCAUUAGCUUCCUCAAUUUCCUAAACUAUCUCUUCUGGUCUAGAUGGCAUUCGUGCAACUCGUCGGCACCGAGGACCAUACAAGACGAAGCAAUCGAGAUUGGGUUGAGCCAUUACAACAUGAUCAAACAUUCAAAAGAUGAUGGAGAUGAAAAUAUACCAUAAAAAAAGGGGUCAUUAUGGGGGAAAUUAUCUACUAGUAUAUUGUGUAGCAUGGAUGAACAAGUAUUGCACCAAGCAAAAAAGGCUAUCUAAGAUGUAUACAAGUUGUGUGAAAAAGGUCUGGAAGAUAUCCGACGUAUAGGUAAAUUUUAGGUAAAGUAGACUGGUUCAUGUGAGUCGCAAGGUGCUCAGUUUAGUUUAAGGGUCCCAAUGGAACACUUAUCAGCUUUGUUCUUGACACAAUUUCAUCUGGAUUCAAUGCAUCCUCCUAAAUGUUAUGACCUUUAA